UUCCCGCUGUCAAUUUCGUCCGGAUAGGGUGCACGAUUAACCUAUACCGCCCACCGCAGAGCGAAAGUUCGGCGAGCUCACGCUCCCUCAGGGCCCGCAGAAGGUCCCACGCGAGUGCAGUGUCCCAGGAGAAAAGUGCGUGGUUGCAUAAUAACGACCCAGUUAUGUGUGUGAUUCGUGAUAUAUCUUAGUGCGAUUUAGUUCUCAAAUCUGUUAGAAAACAGAUAGCAGGAAAUCAAAGAUGCUGAAGGGUCGCGGUCGUGACCCGCGGGUCUUGACCAGCCCGCCGCCGGCGCAGCUCGCGGCGCGGGUGCCGGCGCCGACGCAGGGCGUGAGACCUCAGCCUCAGAUGCACUCCUCCUCAAAACUCACUCUGCGCACGCCGACGCUAUCGCGGGCGCCUAUCGCCAAACCAGAGCCAGAUUACGAAGUCGUGGAGUUCCCCUCCGAACAGUAUGUGAACGCCAAGCUGCAGCCGCCACCGCCACCUCCGCCGCGUCCUCCUACAGGGCAUCCAGUUGAAGCAGCGUCAUGCGGUCUUUGCGGGGGCGGAGGCGCGCGGGUCCGCUGCACCGAGUGCGGUCGGCGAGCGCUCUGCGCCUCCUGCGACGACAUGUACCACCGGCACCCUAAGCGCCGCCACCACCAGAGACAGGCAUUGUCCUUGAACCAAAUGCGGGACGAACGACCGCCUCUGCCACCGAAGGCUGCUCCCCCAGUGCCUCCACCGCGAAGACACAAGAUUAGCGGUGACAGAAUGAGCGCGAGUCCCAGACCUCCAUCGGUGGCGGAACAGCGCAACUCGACUCUCGGUUCUCACUCCAUGAAUCCCAUGAUGCAUACUCAAACGAUGCCGCUGAACAAUCGGCCGAGUCAGCAUAGUCAGCAGAUACCACCUCAUCUUCAGAAGCUAGCAGCAGGACCUACGCAUUUGGGCAGCGUGCCCUAUUUGCCUGCGGCGCACCAUUCUCCUGCGCCUGUAGUGCCUGCUCAGACCAAUACGUUAGGGCAUCUGACUGGCUGGGGAAGACCACGUGGGUCACUGCCGGGCUUCAAUGUUCCACCUAACAUGAUGCAGCAACAAAUGGGGCCAGAAAGCUGGGAGAGUCCGGAGAGCGUUCAGGCGCAGAACUGGGGUCGGCCGAUGCGGCGGGGGGCCUCGGUGCUGGAGCUGAGCGGCGGGAGCAUGGGGGGGAUGGGGGGCAUGGUGGGGGCGGGGUGCCCUGGCUGCGCCGGCUGCGCGGGCGGCUGGCGCUACGGCAGCUGCGCCAGCCUCGACCACCAGCCGUGGGCCGCGUGGCCGCCCGCCUGCUGCCACCCGCCCGCGCCGCUCGCGCACCCUCAUGCGCAUGCUCACCCGCAUGUGCACGCGCCGCAGACGCCGCAGCCUUACCGCAGAGUGGACAGCCGCGCGGUAUCCCGCGCCGCUUCCCGAGCGGGCUCGCGCGCGGCAUCUCCCGCUAUGAGCGUGAGAUCUCGUGCCUCUCGCCGGCCCAAACAUCGCACGCCCUCGCCGCCGCCGCUGCCAUCUAGCGACGCCGACUCCGAGAGCGAGAGUGACAGCGACCACGAAGCGCCACCAAAGCAAGAAGAAGCCGAAGAGUGGCUGGGCCCGGCGCCGGCGCCGGCGGCCGCGGCGUGGCAGUGCGAGCACUGCACGUUCGUCAACGAGCCCGGCGAGCGCGUGUGCGCCGUCUGCUGCCGCACGCCCACCGCCGCGCCCAAGAUCGUGCAAGCGCCUGGAGACGCCACGAGUGGCCGACGCGCUGACAGCCCAAGGACUGUAGCGGAAAACGCUCGAAGCGUAGCGGAUAGCGCUCGAAGCGUAGCGGAAAGCGCGCGAGGCAUCAGCCGACUGGAACUAGACGACGACCCGCCUCCGCCGCGGACUGUCAAUCGAGUGGCAUCGCCAUCGCCAGUCCGCGUCGUCGACAGCCGAACUUAUCAAAAUGGAGAAACGACAACAAACAAAACUGCUCCGAAAAAAGAACGCAUUUCUACCGGCUGCGGGCCCUCGCCGCCACGAGAAGAGAACAACCUAAAACAAAAAAACCGCCUAGUUACCCCCACCCGGGAACAAAGUGUAGAACCAUCGCGACGCCACGAUAUGGGUGUGGGACCGUCCCCACCCAGAGAGACCCAGCAUUCUAUCAGCGUCGGACCAUCUCCACCGAGACAGAAUAUAUCGAUGAAAGUGUCCCCGUAUAGAGAAGUGAAGCAACCAGAACCACCAGUGCGGUACAGCAUCUCAGUAGGCCCCUCCCCUCCCCGCGAGAAUACAAUACGCGCGUCCCCCGUUCAAAAAAAGUCCGCUGGGACGUCCCCCCCGCGGGACGCGAUUGAGAGUCGCUCGUCGUCCACGUCCCUCCGAGCCAACGUAUCUAAUACCGGUACGUCUCCACCGCCGCAAAGUAUCUCCACACAGACGUACGAGGUGCCAAACGCGUGGGAGCGCGCCCCGUCAGCGUCUCGUUCGCGCGCGCGGAGACGCUUCCGCGACGACAGCCGCCGCGAGCGCUCGCACAGCCGCCACUCGCUCUCCAGCGACACGAGGGUAAGCCAUCACGAGGGUGGAAAUUGUGCCCGACGCGCUGACAGCCCAAGGACCAUAGCGGAAAACGCUCGGAGCGUAGCGGACAGCGCUCGUAGCGUAGCGGAAAGCGCGCGAGGCAUCAGCCGACUGGACCUGGACGACGACCCGCCUCCGCCGCGCACUGUCAAUCUAGUGGCAUCGCCAUCGCCAGUCCGCAUCGUCGAGAGCCGAACUCAUCAAAAUGGAGAAACGACAACAAACAAAACUGCUCCCAAAAAGGAACGCAUUUCUACCGGCUGCGGGCCCUCGCCGCCGCGAGAAGAGAACCAUCAAAAACAAAUAAACCGCCUAGUUACCCCCACCCGGGAGCAAAGUGUAGAACCAUCGCGACGCCACGAUAUGGGUGUGGGGCCGUCUCCGCCCAGAGAGACCCAGCAUACUAUCAGCGUCGGGCCAUCUCCACCGAGACAGAAUAUAUCGAUGAGAGUGUCCCCGUAUAGAGAAGUGAAGCAACCAGAACCACCAGUGCGGCACAGCAUCUCAGUAGGCCCCUCCCCUCCCCGCGAGAAUACAAUACGCGCGUCCCCCGUUCAAAAAAAGUCCGCUGGGACGUCCCCCCCGCGGGACGUGAUUGAGAGUCGCUCGUCGUCCACGUCCCUCCGAGCCAACGUAUCUAAUACCGGUACGUCUCCACCGCCGCAAAGUAUCUCCACACAGACGUACGAGGUGCCAAACGCGUGGGAGCGCGCCCCGUCAGCGUCUCGUUCGCGCGCGCGGAGACGCUUCCGCGACGACAGCCGCCGCGAGCGCUCGCACAGCCGCCACUCGCUCUCCAGCGACACGAGGGAGAGCGAACGCAGCGCGCGAACUAGCGGCGGCGGAGGGGGGCGGUGGGAGUGGCGGGAGACUCGCGACAGCAGCCCGCCCGAGUGGAGCGGCAGCGAGCGCCGGCCGCCCGCGCGCCUCACGCGCCGCGCCUCGCACCUCGACCUGCGCCGCGAGCCCCGCGCCCCGCGCCGCGCCAGCUACUACUCGCAGGCGGCAUCCCCGGAGCCGGGGCGCGCGAUGUCGAUGGAGGCGCUGGCGGGCGCGGGCGCGGCCGGCGCGGCGUCGCGCGGCCUGGAGCUGGCGCGCCUCAUGGCCGAGGCCGAGCGGCUCGGCUUCAGCGCGGCUGAGGUUCAAGCUGCACUAGCGCAGAGCCCAGCAGCGCCUCUAGCGUGGCUUCGCGGGCGCUGGCCGAGCUUGUGCGCCGGCGUACGCGCAGCCGCCGCCCGGCUGGCGCCCAACGCGCGUGUUUCCGAGCUGGAGGCGCGCGCCGCGCUAGCGAGGCACCGCGGCGCCAUGUGGCCCGCCGUCACCGACUGCGUCGAGAGGCACCGCCGACAGACGGAGCAGGGCACGAGCUCGGAGCGGCGGCUGCGCGGGCGCGUGUGGGGCUCCCCGGCCGGCGCCGACGACGACGCCGCGCCGCCGCCGCGCGCCCACACGCGCGCCGAAGAUAGCUCGGACGAGUACGAGCCGCCGCCGAACAAAUUGCGGGACGACGACUGGAUGUACCUCCCCCUCGACGCCGCCCGGGAGCCCGUCGAGCCCUGGGCCGUGGUUCCCGACCCGUACGACGACGUCGCCGAUGACGUCGCCGCGGACCUGAAAAGGCUCCUCGUGGGAGCGAGCGCUCCAGUGAUCCCCGACGACUUGGUUCUGGGAGGCUUCCUGCCCGACGAGUUGGCGGCGAUGUCCGCGGCGGACGGCAACGUUGGAGGCAAACCGCAUUUACUAGAUUUUAUCCAAUCUGAGAACGACUUCAUAGAGGCAUACAACGCUCUCACCAGGUCCAGUCCCCUCCCCAAUGUCAAUAAUCGCAAGGAUGGGUCGGACGGCGCUCAUUUUUCGGCAAAAAUAAAUUCGAAACGAGACACGCAUGACGUGGAUGAGAAUGAUUUAUAUUCUAAUAUUGAAAAAAACACUAAUAUUAAUAAUAAUAUUAACAUGCAAACAAAUCACAUAUCUCAUGAAUCAAUAGACUCGAAUAAAUUAAAGAAACGGUCGCCCGAAAAAGACAAAUCGAAUGAGUCUUUGGAAGUUACAUUAAAUAAUGUUUAUACGAUACAGCAAACUAGUCAACAUUCUUCGUCCCCGACGAAGCCAAAUAUAGCAGCUGACGUAGAUAGAAUUACAAAUAUAACUUUGAAUUCUAGUCAACAAUUUGAUACGGCAAAUAAAGAUCUCACAUCUAACGUAGAAAUAGAAAAUGCAAGUAUUUCGACAACAAAUGCAGAGCCGAUUUUGUCAGAUGUACCGAUUACUUCACCCAUACCUAAAACGGUGACUGAAACUAACAACGUAAAAAAUACAUCACCGACGCCGCAAGUUGCAGUCCAAAAGAACAUAAGAAAAGUUACACCGCCCAUUCAAAAAGUAACGACUGUAAAUAAUAUAGAAAAAACACAAGCCGAUAUUCAAUCUCAAGAUAAAUCUAAUAAUUUAAAUGACCUUGUUGAUAACACUCAAAGACUGAUACAACAAAUGAGAGAUGAAAUUAAUUCAGAUAUAAAUUCUAUUGAUAGUAGAAACAUAUCACAGAGUGAAGCAGAUAGCAGUUCAAAUGAAUCUGACAUUUCAACAGAACACGAGUCUAGCUAUAGUGAUACUGAAGAUAAAGAAACUGAUGAGUUAUCAACAAAUGAAAGUGAAAGUUCUGAUGAGGAAAGUGAAGAAGACCGUUUACAUGAAAGGCGGCCUACCAUAAUUCAAAGGACUAGUUCGGAAGAAAACGAUCAAUUCGAAGAAGCUAUGGAUCACAUAGAAGAUCAAAUGGAAGACUUCAAAAACACCAAUAUUGAAAUUUUAGAUUCGAUAGCGCGUAGCCUACAAGAAGAGCAUACUAUAUCACUUACCAUCGAUGAGCCCAAAAUAACAAAUGAGAGAAGAGAAGAUCUUAAUAACAAUUUAUUUGUAGAAGUUAAUUCUUUCGAAGAAAUUUAUGCUCAACUAAAUUCAAAUAAUAAAGGAAAAGUUAGCCCUACGCGUCCUGAUCAUAAUAAAUCCAAUGACCAACAAAAUAGCCGAUCAGAGCUAACCUCAAAUAAUGUACAGUCAGUUAUUACAAAUAAUAAAAAUGACAAGCAGAAAUCACCUGAUAAUGCAUCAAUAGGAAACCAAAAUAAUAUAAUUUCAAUUCAAGACGAACCUAAACAUGUUUCGCCUGAACCAGUAAAGAUUCCUAGGAUAAAUAUCACUAAGCAAUUAGUCGCAAUUUCAACAUUUAAGGCUAUGCCACCAAUACAAUUAAUAAUAUCAGAAAACAACCAAAUAGCACUGAAUGCUAUUAUAGAACAUUUAGAAGGAAUUGAUGAGAUUAAUAAUGAAAUACAAGAGCAUACUGUUGUUCAAAUCACAGAAGAAACAUCCGCAUUAGAAAAUGAUUUCAUUAUUACCGAAACGCCUGUAACGUCAAUGAAAAGCUUGCCACAAUCAUCAGAUGAGGAUGAUUCAAUGGGUACAGCUGACUCAGACGUUACACCAACGGAACAAACUGACUUAGUAGAUGAUGAUAAUACAAUCUUAGAAAAUAAUACAAAUACUCAGGAAAACUUGAGUAAUAAAAUAACAGAAAAUGUUGAUAGAACAGAAUCAAAAGAUGUCUCUGAUAUUUUGGACAACAAAGUAGAGAUAAAUAACGAAGUUUCGGACAGCAAUAAUAAAUCUCCUGAGAAAAUAAUUACAAAGCCACAAAAUCAGAGUAAAAUAAAUAAAACAUUCAAUGCCAUUAAAUCAAAUAUUCCAAAAUUAGUAAAAGUUGUGCAAAAUAAUAAGCAAAAAGGAGACAAGACUUCUCCAAAAGUUAUAGCUUCCAAGGUACCAGUUCGACGAGGCUCCCUUAAGCAGUACCCCGCACCGGCGCCUCCCAAAUCUCACUUCGGUAACAUUCAAAGCGGUCACGUAAAACAACUUCAAACUCGACUGUUUGAUAAUAAAUUUCCAAAAACUUCCAUCUCUGUGCCAAGUACGGUAGAAGCAAAACCGUCGACGUCUACGAUGCAUAAGAAAAAGCCCGCCCCGCCGCCCCCCACUCAAGAGGCAAAGCAAUCUUCACCGUCAAAAGCUCCACCUCCCAAAGAAAAAAAGGGCAAUUUCUUUAGAGAAUCUUGUCGCACGGAAGAUGAAUGGACAGAAAGUGACGCCGAAGAUACCCCAGUGCCGUUUUCUAAAGAAAGCGAAGAACCUAAUAGACCACCGUCACCGCCGCCGCCUGUUACUGUACGUCGGGUGUCUGGACAAAUCAUCGACCUCGCCAAAGUCCGGAUUCCGGAAGGUUCGCCAGAGCGGCAAGCGCGCAUGCUGCUGGCAGAGGGCGCGAGCGAGACGUGGGAGCAGGCGCGGCUGGCGGUGGAGCUGGUGUCGCGCGGCGCGGAGGCGGCGGCGGCGCUGCUGGCCGCGCUGGAGUGCGCCGACCUGCCCGCCGCGCUCGCCUACCUGCACCAGGACUGCGAGCUGUGUGCCGAGCGCCUCCCCGAGCACGAGAUGGUGUCGAUGCUGCGCUGCACGCACCGCUGCUGCCGCUCGUGCGCGCGGCUGUACUUCACGGUGCAGGUCACGGAGCGCAGCAUCGCGGACUGCGUGUGCCCCUACUGCAAGCUGCCCGAGCUCGAGAGCCUGCCCGAGGACGAGUGGCUGGAGUACUUCGCGCACCUCGACAUACAGCUCAAGACCUUGCUCGAGGCUGACGUGCACGAGCUGUUCCAGAGGAAGUUGCGAGACAGAACCCUGGCACGUGAUCCAAAUUUCCGAUGGUGCAUGGAGUGUUCCUCGGGAUUCUUUGUGCACCCGAAACAAAAGAAAAUCCGUUGCCCGGAGUGCCGGUCAGUGAGCUGCGCCAAAUGUAGGAAACAGUGGUCUGUUAACCACGAGGGCUUGACUUGCGAGCAAUACACCGCUUGGUUGGAAGAUAAUGAUCCAGAACGAGCCAUCGCCGCAGUUCAACAGCAUUUACGUGAAAAUGGCCUUGAAUGUCCGAGAUGCCACUUCAAAUAUUCACUAUCAAGGGGUGGCUGUAUGCACUUCACAUGCACGCAAUGCAAAUACGAAUUCUGCUAUGGGUGUGGAAAACCGUUUAUGAUGGGAGCUCGCUGCGGGCUCAGCGAAUAUUGCGCCAAGCUGGGGCUGCACGCGCACCACCCGCGGAACUGUCUCUUCUACCUGCGCGACAAGGAGCCUCAUGAACUGCAGACACUUCUACAGAUGAACAACGUGGAAUACGAGACAGCAGCGCCCGAGGGCAGCCCGAACCGGUGCCCCAUACAACUGCAGCGGGAGACGCCCACCGGCCUCGUGGACGGCACGUGCGGUAGCGAAGCGCCUGCCAACUAUGCCGGACUAUGCAAGAACCACUACCUGGAGUACCUGUCGCGCGUGGUGCGCGCGCGCGGCCUGGACCCGCUGCCGCUGCUGGACGUGGGCGACCUGGAGACGCUGGUGCGGCGCGCCGCGCUGCGCCCGCCGCCGCGGCCCUACGGCUCGCUGGACGGGCUCUACCGCCGCGCGCUGCAGGAGAUUGUGAAGGAGAAAAUACCCUUGGAUUGAAUUUGGAACUAUGUCCUUUUGCUCUUUUGGC